AUGACUCGAUGGGUACCAACCAAGAGGGAGAAGUAUGGUGUUGCGAUCUAUAAUUACGACGCCCGGGGAGAAGAGGAGCUGUCUCUGCAGAUCGGAGAUACUGUGCACAUACUAGAGACGUAUGAAGACUGGUACAGAGGGCAUCGGUUGAGAAGGAAAUCUAAAAAGGGUAUUUUCCCAGCCUGUUACAUUCACCUAAAGGACGCCACUGUUGAAGGCAGCGGGCACAAGGAGACCAUCAUCCCUACAGAGCUGCCUUUGGUCCAAGAGGUGACCACCACACUGCGGGAGUGGGCUUCAAUAUGGAGGGACCUGUAUGUGGGCGACAAGAGAGAGAUGUUCAACACGGUGAGAGACAUGAUCUACAACCUGAUCGAGUGGCGCUCUCAGAUCCUGUCCGGAACUCUGCCCCAGGACGAACUCUCCGAACUCAAGCAGAAAGUCACCUCCAAGAUCGACUACGGCAACAAGUAUCUUGGUCUAGACCUGGUCGUCCGGGACAUCGAUGGGAACAUUUUAGACCCGGACCUCAGCAGCACCAUCAGCCUGUACAGAGCACACGAAGCUGCUUCCAAACAGAUAGAAGACCGGAUACAAGAGGAAAAGUCUCAAAAGCAGAACAUCGACCUGAGCAGACAGGCCAAGUUCGCGUCCACACCUGCGUUCGCGCUCUUUGUGACUCUGAAGAAUGUGGUGUGUAAGAUCGGAGAGGACGCUGAGGUUCUCAUGUCCCUGUACGACCCGCUGGAGUCCAAGUUUAUCAGUGAGAACUACCUGGUGAAAUGGUCCAGCUCUGGGUUAGUUAAAGACAUCGAUCAACUCCACAACCUCCGCUCUGUGUUCACGGACUUGGGCAGUGAAGACCUGAAGAGGGAAAAGAUCAGCUUUGUUUGUCAGAUCGUGAGAGUGGGACGAAUGGAGCUACGGGACAACAACACCAAGAAGCUGACAUCUGGGCUGAGGAGGCCAUUCGGAGUGGCAGUAAUGGACGUCACUGACAUAAUAACCGGGAAAAUGGACGACGAGGACAAGCAGCACUUUAUUCCUUUUCAACCGGUGGCCGGGGAGAGCGACUUCCUGCAGAGCGUCAUCAACAAAGUCAUCACCGCCAAAGAGGUCAACCACAAGGGACAAGGUUUGUGGGUGACCCUGAAGCUGCUUCCUGGAGACAUUCACCAGAUCAGAAAGGACUUCCCUCACCUCGUGGACCGCUCCACCGCUGUGGCACGCAAGAUGGGCUUCCCAGAGAUCAUCAUGCCAGGUGACGUGAGGAACGACAUCUACGUCACUCUUGUCCAGGGAGACUUUGACAAAGGGAACAAAACCACCCCGAAAAACGUGGAGGUCACCAUGUCUGUGUACGACGAGGACGGGAAGAGACUGGAGAAUGUGAUUUUUCCUGGCGCUGGAGAUGACGGCAUACACGAGUACAAGUCAGUCAUUUACUACCAAGUGAAGCAGCCGCGCUGGUUUGAAACAAUCAAGCAACAGUCGCCUAACACUCAGAAGAGUAACCGGCGCCAUUUGCGUUUCACGUUUCGCCACCGCUCGUCUCAGGACUCCAAAGACAAAUCGGAGAAAAUCUUUGCCUUGUCUUUCGUGAAGCUGAUGCGAUACGACGGCACCACUCUGCGGGACGGUGAACAUGACCUCAUCGUGUAUAAGGCUGAGGCCAAGAAGUUCGAGGACUCAUCUCUGUACCUGAACCUGCCGGCCACAAAGAUGGAGCUGGAGGAGAAGGGCUACUCCACCACAGGGAAAAACAACCAGAACCUUGGGAACUGCAGCAUCAGCAAAGACUCCUUCCAGAUCUGCACCCUGGUCUGUUCCACCAAGCUCACACAAAACGUGGAUUUGCUCGGCUUGCUGAAAUGGCGUUCCAACACCAGCCUCCUACAGCAGAACCUGAGGCAGCUCAUGAAGGUGGACGGCGGGGAAGUCGUCAAGUUCCUGCAGGACACGCUCGACGCCCUCUUCAACAUCAUGAUGGAAAACUCAGACAGCGACACCUUUGAUACUCUGGUCUUCGACGCUUUGGUUUUCAUCAUUGGGCUGAUCGCCGACAGAAAGUUCCAGCAUUUCAACCCAGUGCUGGAGACCUACAUCCGGAAGCACUUCAGCGCGACCCUGGCUUACACGAAGCUGACCAAAGUUUUGAAGAACUACGUGGACAAUGCAGACAAACUGACGGAGCAGCUGCUGAAGGCCAUGAAGGCACUGGAGUACAUCUUUAAGUUUAUUGUUCGCUCCAGGGUCCUCUUCAACCAGUUGUAUGAAAACAAAGGUGAGGCCGACUUUAUGGAGUCUCUACGCCACCUCUUCACGUCUUUUAACAACAUGAUGAACAGCGGCGCGGAGAACACAGGCAUGGUGAAGGGCGCCGCACUGAAGUAUCUCCCCACAAUCGUGAAUGAUGUCAAGCUUGUUUUCGACGCCAAAGAGCUCAGUAAGCUGUUCACUGAGUUCAUUCUCAAGGUGCCGCUGGGUCGUCUGGUCAAGCAGAAGCUGGACUGUAUGAUCGACAUCGUCCACAGCGACCUGUUUUCCCAUCACGACUGUCGGGAGAUCCUGCUGCCACUCAUGACGGAGCAGCUCAAGUUUCACCUGGAGAAACGGGACGAGAUGAAGAGAGAGGAGCUGAACGCCUGCUGCCAGCUGCUCAGCGACGUCCUGGAAGUGCUCUACAGGAAGGACGUGGGUCCGACUCAGUGGCACAUGCAGAUCAUCAUGGAGAAACUUCUAAGGACUGUAAACCAGACAGUGAUUUCUAUGGGCCACGAUUCUCCGUUUAUUGUAAGUACAGCUUUGAAACUAUACUUCCUGCUUCAUUUGAUGUUCGUGCUGUGA